ACACAGGACAGAUGUAACGCACAAGCCACAGUCUUCUCAAUGCUUACUGGGGACCAAGCAAUCUUCGGAGAAUAGCUGGAGCCUGCUUAGAUAAAGAAGGAGGAAAACACCGUUACCUGCUACUGGUUAUACUUGAGACUCCUCAUAUUGGCCUGUUCAUCAUAAGGCAUCCAUUAAGCUUAUGCCUGAACAGCUGAGCCUCUAGACCAACUGCAUUCUUGGCUUCUGAGAUUCAUUCUUUCAAGCUGGUGUAUGCAUGCAAGACAGAAGCUGUGGCCAGUCAUUGCCUCUUUCUUUAAUGCAGAAGGAGACCUACUGUGCAGAGAGGGGCAUCAAAAAGGGACAUCCUAAAAAAAUGUCAGAAGCUUCGUCACGCCAUGACUUUUUCUAUGGUUCCCUAUCCGGCAUACAGAAUGGAGAAUUUUCAAAUGAACUUUCUGCCUUCCUUACCCAGGAGGAGAUAUGUAAGAGCCUUGACAUAGCUCGGGAAUCAAUUGCCAAUUCCAUGAAGGAGGAUCAGAAUAUAGCACCGGAGUUGACUCAUUUCAAUACUUCUAGUGCUUCAGAGCAUGCUUCUUUUCAGGAUGCCAAACUUCAUGAGCAAGAUGCUUUACAGAGGUCUCAAGCAAGUAGUCUGACUUCAUGUUCAGCAAGUCACAUUCCUCCAGUGAAUCAGAAAGAACAAUUCAGCUCACCUAAAAUGGCAAGCGGUUUUGUCACAGUCUCCAGGAAGCAAGAAAGCACCUCACCAUUGCUAGCUGCUAGUCCCAGCUUUAUUAGAAGCCUGAAACAUUCAGGAAAGCGUGCUUCAGGUGUGCCCACCACGAAGUCUGAGUCAGCAUCCCAGGGAGAAGUUCCUUUCAGGAACAAGCUGUGUGACAAAGCUGCCACAUUCAUUGAGGAACUGUCAUCUAUAUUUAGAGAGGCAGCAAAGACAAGGGGCCGAAGUCCUGAUGGGGACUCUUCUCCAGACAGUGGAUACCUGUCACCGAAAAAGAAACAAUCAACUCUAAGUACCUCAAAGAACAAAGACUUUAACAAGCCACAUCAAGAGACUGAGCCUGGGCCAAAAUUAUCUGGCGUUGAUUUCAAUGGAGAGCCCUGUUCUGAAAAGGAGAGCAUCACACAGAGUGAAAUGGUUCUUUGCCACCCUUUCAUCAAUGCAGAAGACAAUCAGUCUUCACCACCUCAGUUCACUCAAAAGCUCCGGAGUCAGGAAGUUGCUGAAGGAAACAAAGUAUUACUGGAGUGCAGAGUUGCUGGCAACCCAGUCCCUGAUGUCAGAUGGUUCUGUGAAGGAAAAGAACUCCAGAAUUCCCCUGACAUUCAAAUCCAUUCUGGAAGUGGAGGACUUCAUUCACUAAUUAUAGCAGAAGCCUUUGAAGACGAUACUGGACGCUAUACUUGUCUGGCUUCAAAUUCCCUCGGUUCAGAUAGUACAUCAGCUGAAAUAUUCAUUGAAGGUGCCAGUUCCACAGAUUCAGAGAGUGAAAGUUUAAUUUUCAAAUCAAAAUCUGGAGCUAUGCCACAAGCCCAGAAGAAAACCACCUCUGUUUCCCUGACAAUAGGAUCUUCUUCACCAAAGUCUGGAGUCACCACAGCUGUAAUACAACCCAUCUCUGUGCCCAGUCAGCAGGUCCAAAGCCCUACUUCAUACCUGCACCACCUGGAUGGAUCUAAGCCUAUCAAUUCUGCACUCAUUUUUACUAAGGAGCUACAAAACUCCACAGCAUCUGAGGGACAAGUAGUGGUAUUGGAAUGCAGGGUGAGAGGACCCCCUCCCAUUCAUGUUAAGUGGUUUCGACAGGGCAUUGAAAUUCAAGAUUCUCCAGACUUCAGAAUUCUCCAAAAAAAGCCACGAUCUGCAACUGAACCUGAAGAGAUAUGUACUCUUGUAAUUGCAGAAACUUUUCCUGAAGAUUCAGGACUUUUCACAUGCACAGCAACAAAUGAAUAUGGUUCAGUAACAAGCAGCGCACAACUAACUGUCUGCUCAGCCAACUCAGAAAACUCCAGUCAUGAGUCACUGACAAGAAAAUCCAACAGUGAUGAUUUCCACCAUUUCCCACCACUUCCUCCAACUGAAUUUAGCUCUCUUGAGCUUUCUCCUACGAAACACAUGGAGACCCACCAAAUAAAUAACACUGAAUUGAGAUCUGGAGUGACAGCCCUUCAAUUAGAUCUCAGUUCAUCUGAGGAAAAAACAAAUGGUAUCCAUCCCAUUCAUGGAGUAAAUGGAAUGAUUAACAGCAAGCCAAAUGGUGAUAAGCCCAUCUCAUCUCCAGCUGUCUUGCUUUCACCUGCAAAGGAGCCACCACCUGUGCUUGCCAAACCAAAGCUGGACCCUAUAAAAAUACAGCAGCUGCAGAACCAAAUUCGUCUGGAGCAAGAAAGUGGCCAGUGGUAUCGUCACCAGCAGCAAUCUGAACAUCGUCAGCACACUCCCUCAUCUCCUUCCUUUCCUCCUCCCCCCUCCUUCCAAGAACUCGAGUCCAGCCAGUCUAUUGUUUCUCCUGUGCCAAUGAGUAUUCUCAACUCUCACACUUCCCCAAGCAUGCAGUCUUCCAGCUCCUUUAACUACGCUCGGCCUAAGCAAUUCAUUGCUGCUCAGAACAUCAGCCCUGCUUCAGGUUACGUGACUCCUUCUUCAGGAUCAUCUACAUCCAGCCUUCCUUCUCCCAUGUCUCCGACUGCUUCUCAAAAACAGUUUGGGAGAGUACCUGUUCCCCCUUUCUCUCAGCAGUUUGCUCCAGAAGGGGAGUAUGGAUGGUCUCCUUCUUCUCCAUCUCCUCCCCCCCCACCUCCGCCUGUCUUUAGUCCAACCACAACGUAUCCGGUGUGUGAUUCCUUCCCACUUCCACCCCCUCCACCUCCUCCCCUUCCUUCCCUUUCUUCACCUUCCCACAGCCUGUCUCCAACUCCUAGAUUUCCUAAUUCUGGCCAGUCUCCAGCAGCUUUUCUCAGCUCCAUGCUGCCAUCCCAGCCACCACCCGUUUCUGUCAACGCAUUAGGCCUCCCGAAAGGAGUGAUGCCUCCGGGAUUUCCCAAGAAAACAGGCAGAACUGCUAGAAUAGCAUCAGAUGAAGAGAUUCAAGGAUCAAAGGAUGCUGUGAUUCAGGAUCUGGAAAGAAAACUUCGCUUCAAAGAAGACCUUUUGAACAACGGGCAACCGAGAUUAACAUAUGAAGAAAAAAUGGCUCGUCGAUUGCUGGGAGCAGACAGUGCUGCAACUGUCUUCAAUAUACAGGAACCAGAAGAGGAGCCUGCAAUACAGGAAGUUUGUCCUACUGAUGCUUCUGUAGUGAGUCCUAUGGAUAUUCAAAAGGAAUAUAAAGUCUCCAGCUUUGAGCAAAGAUUGAUCAGUGAAAUUGAAUACAGGCUGGAGAGAUCUCCUGUGGAGGAAUCAGAUGAUGAGGUGCAACAUGGAGAUGAACCUAUUGAUAACAGUGCGUCACCGUAUUUUGAGAUAAAGCUGAAGCAUUACAAAGUCUUUGAGGGAAUGCCAGUCACAUUUACCUGCAAAGUGACGGGAAAUCCAAAGCCAAAGAUUUAUUGGUUUAAAGAUGGGAAGCAAAUUUCUAAGAGAAGUGAUCACUACCGAAUUCAAAGAGAACCUGAUGGAACUUGCUCACUGCAUACUGCAGCCUCCACCCUGGAUGAUGAUGGGAAUUACACUAUUAUGGCUGCUAACCCACAGGGCAGAAUAAGCUGCACAGGAAGGCUGAUGGUUCAGGCUGUAAAUCAGAGAGGCCGCAGCCCUUGGACACCUCCUGGCCAGCCUCAUAUCAGAAGGCCGCGGUCUCGAUCAAGGGACAGUGGUGAUGAAAACGAACCAAUUCAGGAGCGAUUCUUCCGGCCCCAUUUUCUGCAGGCCCCUGGAGACCUGACUGUCCAAGAAGGAAAACUCUGCAGGAUGGACUGCAAGGUUAGUGGAUUACCAACACCUGAUCUAAGCUGGCAACUAAAUGGAAGACCCAUUCGUCCUGACAGCUCUCACAAAAUGCUGGUGCGUGAGAACGGGGUGCACUCCCUGAUCAUAGAACCGGUCACCGCGAGGGAUGCGGGAAUCUACACGUGUGUCGCCAGCAAUCGAGCUGGAGAAAAUACAUUCAGCCUGGAGCUCAUUGUUGCAGCUAAGGAAGUACACAAAGCACCUGUGUUUAUCGAGAAACUACAGAACACAGGUGUGACUGAGGGAUUUCCAGUGAGACUGGAGUGUCGAAUCUCGGGGGAACCAUCACCUCAGAUAUUUUGGAAGAAAGAGAACGAGUCAAUCACACACAAUACUGACAGAGUGAGCAUGCACCAGGACAACUAUGGCUACAUCUGCCUGCUUAUUCAGGGAGCUACAAAAGAGGAUGCUGGUUGGUACACCGUUUCAGCUAAGAAUGAGGCCGGGAUUGUGUCUUGCACUGCCAGGUUGGAUGUUUACACUCAGUGGCAACAACCACCUCAAACAACCAAGCCAAAGAAGGUGCGGCCCUCAACCAGCCGAUACGCUGCACUGUGUGACCAAGGACUAGACAUCAAAGCAGCUUUCCAGCCAGAGGCAAAUCCAGUCCAUCUGACAAUGCAGUCUGGUUUGGUAGAGAGCGAUGACCUGUAGAUCCGAGCCACCACUUCCAUCAUCUUCUUUCAAAGCAGAAACACUGAAAGCCAUUGCCUUGACCAAUGAUACUCCUAUGUCACUUUAUGCAAAGGCAAACACCUUCAAGUACAAAAGAUAAACAACAAACACAAUAACCAUGUAUUCCUUAUUCAGUAUACCAAAUUAGAAGAAUAGGUAGAUUAUUAAUAGAAAUGUACACAUUGCACAACAAAUCACAUUCACCAUUUCCUUAUACUUAAGUUGCUUCAGCUCUUAUGAAUAACCCUUUUCAUAAAGGCCAAAACGCAUCAGUGAAACAGACUUUUCAGAAGAAAACACUAUCACCACGUGCCUUCGUAAGCAGUAAGUAGAUGUUACACAAUGCUAAUGGUGCGAGAUGUUUUAUUUGAGGCCAUUAGAUGACAAAGAAAACUAGGAUGUACGGUAACCUAUAGUUCUAAAAUGGCAAUGCAUUCUGAUAGCUACAGUGAACAAGUGCAAUAUUGUAAUAAAGGAAGAGACAAGGAAGAGAAAUGUAAGCAAAUGCUGCAUCUCUGCAAACUGUUUUUUAUUCUACAAUGAAAAUAAUACUUUGCCUUAAAUGCCAUUAAUAUGGACAGUUCUGUAAAGCAACGUUGAAGCCCCAGUUUUAAAUUCUUUUGUAUUUUUCCUUUCUACCACCUAGGAGGAGGCUUACUUGCAAACAUACAGCAAAGAUGGUUAAGCAUGAAUGAUUUAACCUCUUCAAACUAAUGAAGAAGAUAUGUAACACAGUCUACUCCAGACCAUAAAUCUUAGUAACUAGAAGAGAAAAAGUGCUGACGGUAUGAACUGCUGCAGUAGAUUGCUGCAAGGGGUGGGAGGGGGACAGGGCAAGAGGCUGAAACUCUCCGUGGAUUUCCUGAAGACAGCCUGCAACCUCCUAACACUCCUGCUGAAGAGUCUGAAGUUCUAAGGUGAGCUGAAAACUGAGGAACGUAUGUAGGGGCCAUUUGACUUCUUAGCACUUGAGUAACACGUAUGAGGAUUUUAGAAAUGUAUAGUAAGUGAGAAGUGGGUUGAGACUGCAGUAGGAAUUUCAAUGAAAAGUAAACACCAUAGGUGAUAAGCUUGCAAAUCUGAGGAAGCAGAAGAUGGUGGACAAAACAAGAAAAUUUGCAUCAGUUUUUCUUCUUAUCAUACACGUUUCUGGAUUUCUUUUUUUUCCUCAUCCUUCCUGUUGUUUGCCUACAACAGCUCUGUUAAUGGGUAGGGGCUGUGUGCAGUAGAUGAAAUGCUACUUUCAGAAUGCCAGGCAAAUCCACAUCAAACUGGAGCUCUACCUCGUCAGAUCCGACAAGGUAGUUUUAAAUUAGAACCAAAUGAAUUUCAGAUGAAGGGGAGGGAGGGAUGGAAGAGUUGCUAGGCCUGACAAGAAAAAUGAGUGUUUGAUGGUACGAGCAUACUUUGCUAUGAAAGGAAAACACUGUAUUCCUUAUAUGAAGCACAUACAUGGUAUCUUUCAUUAUUUAUAAUAAAAGUGUUGAAAUCUUUUAUCCCAGUUCAGUUAUUCAGAAGUCCUGUACUUAGUUGGUUUUUUAAUUUUGUAAUUGUGUACACCAUAUAUUGCAUUACUGCUAUUAAGUGUAUUGCUUUGUAAGUACACAAAGUUUGUUUUGUUGUUUUUUUUAGUGACUAAUAAACUUUAGCACAUAAGUUAGUACUAUUCUAUGCAAAUUGGUGCAGGACAUGACCAGUUCUGGGAAUCGUUCCUCUAAAUUAAUGUCAUGGUUUGUCGUAUGGGAAUAAUCUGAUUAUAUUCUAGAAAAAGUAUGUCAUAUCAUUUGCAAAAUUUUUCACAACUGUGACAUGCUAAUUUACUUUUUUUUUUGUUUUGUUUAGCUUCACUAGCAUUAUUUUGCCACUCUAUUUGUAUUUAUAAAAAAUGUACUAUCAUUACUUUGGAUUGUUGUGCUGGUAUAAUGUGGGUUUAACGUCAAUAAAUACUACACAAAGAGAAA